GGCCCCAAAUAAUGAGAUCCAAAACGAAAACAGCCUAGAAAACAUCGAAACUAAAACGAAGUCAUAUUGCCUCUCCUCAUCCUGAUCCUGAUGCAGAACUGAAUCCUCGCAAUCAUCGGAAAUCGUAUUGUUGUUGGGAGUAGAAAAAUUUGUGUAUAAAUAGGGGUGGGGGUGGUGUGAGCUCUCUUGCAAUCAAAUCAAAGCCCAACGAAAAGAGCAUCCAACUUGGAUUUCUUCUGGUUUUUACUUAUAAAACGAAAAACCAAAAGUGUUGUUGCGGAUUCGGAUCUAUGAAUUCAGAUUGGGCAAAUUUGCCUAAGGAGCUUCUGUAUUUAGUUGUAGAGAGAUUGGAGUCACCAUUAGAAUUUAGCGCUGUUUGUAAGCCAUGGCGUUGUGUUGCAAAGGAUACACUAAGCCAAUAUGCUAAGAUGAUAGCUCCAAUGCUCAUGAUUUGUGACCAAAAGAGAGAUAUAUGGAAUUUAUACGAUGUGGCGCACAACAAGCUUGUUAAUUUUCAAUUAAGAUUGCCGAAUAAGCGAUAUUGUGGAUCUUCAAAAGGAUGGUUAAUAGUUGUGGAUGAAAGUUUUAGGGUGAACUUAAUAAAUCCCUUCUAUAUGGUUAAAGGUGGAGAGAGAGCAAAUUCAACCAUUCAUCUUCCUCCACUGCACCCUCCUAAUAUUAGGAGAGAAAUAUUUAGUAAACAGUGUGAUUACUUUGUUUACAAGGCUACAAUUUCAGCAGAUCCAGUAUUAAAUGCUAACGAUUGCAUUGUUGCGGUCAUAUACGAGGAUUAUUGUCAAUUAGCAUUUAUUAGACUCAAUAAGGACACAAAAUGGACGUAUGCUGAUCAAAGUAUUGACAAGCGUUGGCGCUUAAUUCGUGAAGUUGCUUUCGUUGAAGAUAAACUCUAUUUUAUUAAUAAUAAGAGUAGGCUUUUUUCAUUUGAUAUUACUACUCUGUCUUUCUCCAAUCUAAGUUUGGUUAAACCCCAUUUUGGACCAAAUAACAUCAGUGUCAAGGGAUAUCUCCUGGAUUCAAAUAAGAAAGAAUUAUUACUGGUUCAUAAGUACUAUACUGAAGAAGGUGGCAGACGCGUGACGAAGAAAUUUAGAGUAUUCGGAUUCAGUUUCAAUCAGUGUGAUUGGAUUGAGAAAAGCAACUUAGGUGAUGCUGCAAUUUUUGUGGGUGAUAACUCUUCAUUAUAUGUGUUAGCUUCAAAGUCUUUUGGAUGCAAGCCGAAUUGCAUAUAUUUCAACCAUGAUCGAGAUCGUUUCAGUGUCAUUGGACGUGAUGGAGUGUAUGAUUUGGGUGUGUAUAACCUCGAAGAUCAUAGUAUUUUACAACCUUACACCACAGAUGUUAAGGCCCUAUUAAGGAAGGCUAGACGACCAUCAAUGUGGGUUUCCCCAAGUUUUCCGUUGUAAAGAUUUUAUCUUUUUUUGUUUUGGGGCUUAAUAAGUGAACUCCAAUGGUCUUUAGUUUAUUUUAUUUCCUCAAGAGUUGUAUUUUGGAUCUUUUCAUUAUGAUUUUCUCUUUUAAUCUUGUAAGUAGGAUAUUUAAUA